AAAUAACGAACAAUUUCUACUUAUUAGCAGUAAAUCAACACACUACAUUCAACAUGUUUUCUGAUGUUAUAUCUUACUAGAUUGAGGGAUUCUUUUCAUGAAAAUGAUUUCUUACACAUGCGCAAUUAGGAAAACUAAAAAACUAUAUCAAGUAAUUAUAAGUUAUUAAUAUAACCUAUAAAUAAAAUACGUGUGUACUUACGUGUAUACAGCGCUAGAUACAAAAAUGCAACCAAAAUUACUUAAUGUAAAUAGAAUGCCCAGUCAACCAAAAAAACGUAGAAAAAUUAAUCUUGUAUUUGAUGAGAACAAAAGACGAGAAUUUCUGAAAGGAUUUCGUAAAAGAAAAUUACAAAGACAACAAAAAGCUAAAGAAGAAUUGCAACAACAAUUAAAAGAAGAAAGAAAAAGAAUUAAACAUGAGACACGAGAACGUUACAAAAAGUUAUUGUCAAAUCGUGACAUUCCUGAAAUUCAACAAUUAUUAUCUCAACAAGAAUAUGAAACAGAAGGACAUACUGUUAGUAUAUUAGAAUUAAAUAUUGAUGAUUUAGCAGAAAAAAAUGCAUUAAUUGGUGAAAAUAAAGGUACUAAUAAUUCAGAAAGAGAUAGGGAAAUAGAAAGUGAUAAAAAUUCUGAAAAUGAUGAAGAAAUUAUAGGAAUGUCUAUAAAGGAAAAGGAACAAAUUAAAAGUUCAAAAGAAAAUAUAAAAAAUAAACAAAUUGACAAUAGAAAAGAUUUAAAGAAAGCAAUAAAAAAAGCUGCAUUAAAACAAGUGAAAAAAAGUAAAGCAUUUCAAAAAAACAAAAAUUAGAACGUCAAAAAAAUAAAAAAGAAAGUAUGAGAAAACGUAGAAGAAUUGAAAAAGCUCAGAAACGUAUUGGGAAAUCAAAAAAAAAGUUAAAUUGUUAGGUUUUUCAAAAUUUUCUUUUUAAAUAUUAUAAUAGCAUAAUAAACAGUUUUAUAGUAUUAUAUCUUUUUUUUCAUACCAUUUUUUGUAUUUUUUGUAAAUGGACAUAUAUCUUUAUUUAGGCAUUCAUCACAUUUAGGAAAUCUUGGUAAACAUAUUUCUUGACCAAAUCCAACAAGUAAAUAAUUUAUCUCACUCCAAAGAUUUUUUGGAAGCCAUUCUUCCACUGCAAUUCUUGUAUCUUCUGGUGUUUUAGUUGGUUUUUUUACCCAUCCCAAUCUAUUACAAAUACGAUGUACAUGUGUGUCUACUCCAAUACCAGAAACUUCACCCCAUGCUAUUUGCAUACAUAUAUGAGCCAUUUUUGGUCCCACUCCUGAUAAUUGACAUAAUUCCUUUAAUGUUUUAGGAAUAUCA